AUGCUGUUCGUGGACAAGUACCGUCCAAAAGCGCUCUCGGAGCUGCACUACCACUCGGACCUCUCGAAGCGUCUCUCAUCGCUCGCGGACCAUGAGGACUUCCCACACAUGCUCAUGUACGGCCCGUCCGGGGCCGGCAAGAAGACCCGCAUCGCUUGUCUCCUCCGCGAACUCUACGGUCCUGGCACAUACAAGCUCAAGAUCGACCAGCGCAUAUUCGUCACUCCCUCGAAUCGCAAGAUCGACGUCAACAUUGUCUCCUCCAACUAUCACAUCGAACUGACCCCCUCCGACGCGGGCAACUACGACAGGCUGGUCAUCCAGGACAUCCUCAAGGAGAUUGCGCAGACGCAGAACGUGGAUCUGAACGCGAAGCAUCGGUUCAAGGUGGUGGUGAUCAACGAGGCGGACUCGUUGAGCAGAGAUGCGCAGAGCGCGCUGAGGAGGACGAUGGAGAAGUACAUGGCGAAUCUGCGGUUGGUGUUGUGCGCGACGAGCACAAGCAAGAUCAUUGCGCCCAUUCGGUCAAGGUGCUUGUUGCUGCGGGUGGGCGCGCCCAGCGAUGACGAGAUGAAGACGGUCCUGUCCCACGUCGCAAAGAAAGAACGCUUCAGCGUGCCCGACACAGUCGCAACUCAGAUCUGCACCGACAGCAACGGUAACCUGCGCAAAGCCCUCCUGGUCCUCGAAGCGCUCCGCAUGCAAUCCCCGGACCUCUCCGGCGGCAUCGCCGUCGCCAAACCCGACUGGGAGGUGUACAUCUCCAAGACUGCCGACCUCAUCCUCUCGGACCCGUCGCCGCACAACCUCCUUGCCGUCCGCUCAAAGCUCUACGAGCUGCUCGUACACGCCAUCCCGCCCACCCUCAUUCUCAAGCAUCUCACCGACUGUCUGGUCGCCAAAGUCGACAGUCAGGUACGGGGGGCGAUCGUGCAGAAGGCCGCGUUCUACGAACUGCGCACACGGACAGGGAGCAAGGUCAUUUUUCAUUUGGAGGCUUUCGUCGCCGCGGUGAUGCAUAUUCAGAAAAGCUUUUUGAUGGGUAUGAGCUGGGACGAUUGA